ACAUCGCUUAUGUCUCUGCUCGGAAUACUCGCUCUUUCCACAGCACGUUGUCUUUGCGGCCUCGACUUCCUUUUCUGUGCAGAUUUCAUGGCGAUUGAUAGCGGGGAAUAGUUGAUUCACCUACCGUGACCACACUGACCCGUACAUCAAUCUCCAGAGACGCUUUUUCGGCUGCCAUUAUAAAGACCGUGACGUCAGCGGAGUAGUGUAUUGGCUUUGACAUCAUCAGCUAUUUUUAGGAUUUGGGUGGUUUCUGGGCUGAACGCUGUGCUGUGCCCUCUCUCUCCCUCAUCGUGUUGUGGCCGUAGCUGGUCUUACCGAAGAACUGCCAGUCGAUGGCUCUGAUGGACAAACACAAAGUGAAGCGGCAGAGACUGGACCGCAUCUGUGAAGGUAUUCGACCACCAAUCCUCAAUGGGCCCAUGCACCCUCGUCCUCUGGUGGCUCUGCUGGAUGGGCGGGACUGUACUGUGGAGAUGCCCAUCCUGAAGGACGUGGCCACCGUGGCCUUCUGUGAUGCCCAGUCCACACAGGAGAUCCACGAGAAGGUCCUAAAUGAGGCUGUUGGUGCUUUGCUCUAUCACACCAUUACACUCUCGCGAGACGACCUGGACAAGUUUAAAGGUCUUCGGGUCAUUGUGAGGAUUGGCAGUGGAUUUGACAAUGUUGAUAUAAAAGCGGCUGCAGAGCUGGGUAUAGCAGUGUGUAAUGUGCCAGCCUCAUCAGUGGAGGAGACGGCAGACACUUCCAUGUGUCUAAUUCUGAAUCUGUAUCGCCGCGUCACCUGGAUGCAUCAGGCAUUGCGUGAGGGCACCCGUGCCUCCAGCGUGGAGCAGAUCCGGGAGGUGGCUGGAGGCGCUGCGCGUAUUCGAGGGGAAACGCUGGGCAUCAUCGGACUGGGACGUGUGGGCCAGGCAGUUGCUCUGAGGGCAAAGGCUUUCGGGUUUGGAGUGAUUUUCUAUGACCCGUACCUGCCGGACGGGGUGGAGCGAUCACUAGGGCUCCAGCGCAUGGCGACACUACAGGACCUGCUCAUCCACUCGGACUGCGUCUCGCUACACUGCAGCUUAAAUGAACACAACCACCACCUCAUCAAUGACUUCACCAUCAAACAGAUGCGCCAGGGCGCCUUCUUAGUGAACACUGCGCGUGGUGGUCUGGUGGAUGAGAAGGCUUUGGCCCAGGCUCUGAAAGAGGGAAGAAUACGGGGAGCAGCGCUGGACGUCCACGAGACAGAGCCCUUCAGUUUCUCUCAGGGCCCACUGAAGGACGCCCCAAAUCUUAUCUGUACCCCACACACAUCCUGGUACAGUGAACAGGCCUCCAUUGAGGCCAGAGAAGAGGCGGCACGGGAGGUGCGCAGAGCCAUCACAGGUCGUAUCCCGGACAGUCUGAAGAACUGUGUGAAUAAGGAGUAUUUGAUGGCAGCCUCUCAGUGGCCGUCUAUGGAAGCCACCACCGUGCACUCUGAACUCAACGGAGCUGCAGCCUAUAGGUUCCCUGCGGGGCUGAUUGGUGUCGCAGCGGGCGGGCUGCCUGGAGCCGGGGCAGGAGUGGAGGGCAUUGUGGCUGGAUCUCUGCCCCUGGCCCACGCCAUUGCCCCGGUCUCACACCCGCCUCAUACCCCAUCGCCUGGACAACCCUCCAAGGCAGAGGCGGACAGAGACAUCCCUUCUGACCAAUAGCAUCCCAGCACAUUCCAUCUUUGCCCUGAUUGAUGCCCUUUCACCUCACCCAGGGGGACCGACACACCUUGCUUUCAGUGUGAUCUUGGGUCACCCCAGUCCAACAGAACACAUGUACAAACCCAGGAGUGAAACCCUCUACCCCAAACGUACCCCUCAUUUCCACUCGCUGUAUCCUCCGUUGAUCACUCUGGCAAAAAGCAAUAACUUCUCUCAAGGAUUCAAUAAUUGGGUUGAAACACACUAUUUGUAAGCUACGAAAUCCCAAUUCCUUUGCAUUGUGUCUACUCUGGACUAGUUGGAGUUUAUUUCCGAGUAGUGUUUCUUACAUUUUGUUCUUUUCUAAUCUGUUUUAACAGCGUGGAAAUAAACGCAUGGACCUUGUUUUCUUUC